AUGCGGGACGUGACGCUCGACUCAUUCGGCAGGACCAGGAAUCUGAUACAUCCAUUAGAGAAGGAGUCUCAUGCAGGCAUUUCGGAAUCAGAUAAGUACUUGCAGAGAGUCUACCCCUUCAAAGAUUUCACGACUGCCGACUCGCUACCCCUUGUCAGCUCCAGCAGCAGCCAGAAUGGUGCCUCCUUGACGUUGGAGACGAUGCAUUCGACGCAGGAUGCACUCCUAACUCUGGAUACACUCCCAACCGUGGAGGACAGAGGUGACGCCGAUGAGCUGGCCCCUGGCAAGCCCAAGGCCGCUGUGCCGUCCCAUAGUGUGACGGUGCCGCCAGCUUGGGGCAUACACGCCUUGUUUAACUUAGGGUAUUCGGUGAAGGAAGUCAUAGGCAGCAACAGGGCCGACGUCGUCAUCCGCCGCUGCGUGGUUCGUUCCGGGAACCACAGCGUGGCUGUGAAGUGCCUCUCCAGUAGGGACCAGGACCAGCGGGAUGCAGUUCGGAGAGAGUAUGACCUUCUCAGAGAGAUGGCCCAUGAGAGCAUCGUCCAGGCGAUCGCACUGCAUCAGAGCAAGUUCGACGUGUGGUUGUGCAUGGAGUACUGCCAGGGGACGGUCGAGACGUACGUGAACGAGAACGGCCCAAUUCGCGCGGAUGCCAAAGAGGUGCAGCUUCUCCGCGAGCUGGCCGAGGGCGUCCACUACCUCCACACGCGCGGCGGCGUGGCCCACAGGGACCUGCGGCCCUCGAAUCUGCUCCUGAGGCCCAGGGAGGCCGGCCUCAAGCUGAAGAUUGGCGGGUUCAGCCGCGCACGCCGCUUGGCAGGCCGCGUUGCGCUCGGCAAGGGGGUCAGCCCGAGCAUGUACAGCCCCCCGGAGGUAUGGCUCGGCCACCCGGGAAGGGAGGAGCCUGCGGACCUCUGGUCGCUGGGCAUGUGCAUGUGGUUCGUGCUGCUCGGCGAGGCACGGCUGCCCGUGCGCCUGGAGGACAGCAACUCCGUCAACGCCUUCCUCCUGCUGGGCCUGCCAAAGGGCCGCUGGGCCGGCCUGAGCCACGCGGUGGAGAUGCGUCUGCGUCAGUGCCUCGCGCCGCAGCCCAACAGCCGCCCGGACAUCGCGGAGCUCCUCGCCGAGGACGAGGCCUUCUUGUGGCCGUCCCGCGCGCACCGUGCCCCCGCCCUGGCGCCGGAGGGCCAGCCCGCCUGGGCAGGGGAAGCGGUGCGGGCUUCAAGCUGA